CUACAGUUUAAAUUCCAUUUGGAAUAUUUUGGAGGACCAAGAAACCAAGAAUAAAAUGCAAGGCCUAGGCCUAAAUCUGCACCCUGGCUGUCCUGUCCUUGUUGCUAUGGCGACGGGUCGCCCUCCACUUCCGGCCAGUGCUCUGGUGAAAUGUGUCCGGUUUCAUGUGUCCGUCACUUUCGGUUCCGGGCUCCGUUGACGCCCAGUGAAAGUUACCGCGUCGGCCUGGCGGCCAUGGCCGAGGCGGGGAGUAAGUUCCGCGACAUCCAGCGCUAUCUGUCCGACGGCCGCUUCCCCCCGACUUUCUGCCCGGCCAAGAAGAAGAACCUCAAGCGCUACGCGCAGAAGUUCCUGCUGGAAGGAGGCUGCCUGUACUAUGUGGGGCCAAAGAAGGAUGAGAAGAGAGAGGUGGUUGUGGAUGGCGAGAGGCGGCAGCAGAUCUUUCAGGAGUGCCACUUGUCGGAUGUCGGCUGCCACUUGGGCCAGAAGAAGACAGUUCAUAGGAUCCAGAGCCGGUAUUACUGGCUGGGGAUAGUCAAGGAUGUUGUCGACUGGAUUAAGAUAUGUGACACCUGUCAGCAUGCAGAGCACUACAAGCACACAAGGUCACGCAGCUUCCAACCGGCGAGAGUGACAAGACCAUGGGAAAUGCUGCUCCUUGACCUCCUGGGUCCUUUCCCAGAAACAGUCCGUGGGAACACCUACGUACUGACUGUCACAGAUUAUUUUACAAAGUGGGUUGAAGCAAUUCCAAUGCAACAAAAAGAUGCCUUGUCAGUGGCUGGCGCUCUGGCUGCUACGUUCUACAGGUUUGGGGCUUCAAAAGAGAUAUUCUCCAAUGAAAACAGAAUCUUUUGUGAUGAGGUUCACAAACGUUUAUUUGAACAUUGGAAUAUUAAUCAUAAAGUGACUCCUGCUGAGCACCUGCAGCACACAGGCCUUGAUGACAGGGCCACGGGGAUACUAAAGGCAGCCAUUAGAAACGCCGUCAACGGCAAGCAAAAGGACUGGGAUGACUGCCUGGACCCAAUCCUGUUUGAGUUCCGGACAUCAGUAAAUUCAAGCACAAAGUUUACGCCGUUCUUUCUGCUCCACAACCGAGAGGCACGGUUAUCGUCUGAGGGAGAAUCACACAGCGCCCCGGAGUGCAGACUGGCAGAUAACUGUGCCAUCAAAAGGGAAAGUAUGGAUGAGUUCACUGCUUCGAUGACUGAGCAACAGAAUGCCGUUAAAGAAGUGGUCAUUGCCAACCUGGCUGCGACUCACAAGCGGGAGAAGAAGCAUGCCAAGAGGAAAGCCAGGAAAGAGAUCCACUUCUCCACUGGAAACGCCAACCCGACACGCAAAAAAACAAAGAAAAAUCACUUUCUUUCUUUUCAAAUUGAAACAACUCUGUCCUCUGAGCACGGCGUGACUAGUGGGGUGGCAUGAGGAUGCUGCUCAAUAAUGUACAGAAUGUCCAAGAGUCUUCCAGAGAAGGUGAUGGCAGUGGAUUGGAAACAGUGGGGUGAGUCCCCAGCAGUGGGCCGGGACCAGCACAGAGUUCAGGGCAGAACCAGGGCAGGUACUCGCCAUCGUGCAGUCUGACUACGAGUGACAUUGUACCUUUAAACUCCUCAGACGCUGCGAGUCUAAAUCAGUUUCGCACCGGCCGUGACAUUGCAGCUUGAAACCUUCACAGUCUUUGAGUCAGAAUCUGUUUUGCUCCGAGUGUAUUAAUUGUUCAGUCGUUGGUAGAGGAUUUGUGGAAAGCUUGCACUUUCCAUCUUUCACUUUUUAUUCUGUAAAAUGCUCUUUCAUAAAUUUGAAGAACUGAGGUGUUCACUUCAGAAACUGAAACGAUCCAACCACUUGUUUAAAGGUGUCUGUGUGGAGUUUGCAGGGUCUCCCUGUGACUGAGCGGGUUUCCUCCCACAUCCCAUGAUCAACCUAUGGGUGAAGGGGCUGCUGUAAGUCACCCAGUGCAGGAUUACACAGAGGUGAUGAGCAUGUGGGCCGCUGCAGGGUAACAGGGAAAUAGAGAAGGGGAGGGGGCACACUCUUGGGAGCAGGCUUGGAGCCAAUGGACCAAAUGGUCUCAUUCUGUGAAAGAUAUAUGCAAGGCAAUAUGUAAUGUACAGUACUUAUCAGGUCCUCUGUCCCACAUCCUGAAUAAGCCAUAUAACUUAUUAGAAACAAGGAGCUGCAGAUGUUGGUUUAUAAAAGAAGACACUGCUGGGAUGCUGGAUUAACUCUAGCAGGUCAGCCAACAUCUGUGGAGAACAUGGAUAGGUGAAGAAGGGUCCCGAUCUGAAACGUCACCUAUCCAUGUUCUCCACAGAUGCUGCCUGACCCGCUGAGUUACUCCAGCACUCUGUGAAACGUCACCUAUCCAUGUUCUCCACAGAUGCUGCCUGACCCGCUGAGUUACUCCAGCACUCUGUGAAAUGUCACCUAUCCAUGUUCUCCACAGAUGCUGCCUGACCCGCUGAGUUACUCCAGC